AUGGCGAGGAUCAAACAAACUGCACAUAAAAGCACUGGUGGUAAGAUGCCUCGCAAGCAGUUAGCUUCAAAAGCUGCACGCAAGUCCUCUCCUGCCGUUAGUACAAUCCGUCGUCCGCAUAGGUUCCGUCCAGGCACAGUUGCUCUUCGAGAAAUAAGAUGGUAUCAGCGUAGUAGUGAACUUCUCAUAAAAAAGUUGCCUUUCCAACGGCUAAUUCGUGAGAUAGCCCAGGAGUUCGAAGUGGGCCUGAGAUUCCAGAAAUCAGCGGUUCUCGCUUUACAAGAGGCUGCUGAAGCAUAUCUCGUCGGGUUGUUUGAAGACACCAACUUAUGUGCCAUCCACGCUAAACGCGUAACUAUUAUGCCCAAGGAUAUGCAGUUGGCUCGAAGGAUCCGAGGAGAAUGA